UCCGGUAUUUUAUUUUCAUUCAUGAUACUUCAAAUUUUUCGUUCCAAUUUCUCGUACGAGAAUGACCCAUCAUUCGCCAGUUUCUUUCAUGAGGAACAUGCACACAUUUAUCAAACGAUUCACAAAGAUUUUGAUAGACAUACCGUAACAAUCGAUCGACAUCUGCUUGAAGAAAUGGCCUUUCAUUUACGAGACGCCCCGUACGACGGUGUUGAUAAUUACACUCGGAUCAUGACCGCUCUUUUAGGUCUCAAAGAGCUAAAAGGUGUUGAACCAUUGGUGCCUGGAAUGAGCCGAGUUAUCAACGAUGUAAGUUCGUUUGAAUACCCUAUCGCUAUCGCCCCUUGUCGAGGGAAGUUCAGCAAUCAUCGAAGCCUCUUCAUAGCGGUUAUUUCGGCUCCGAGGAAUUUCGAAAGACGCGCCACUAUCCGUCGAACGUGGCCUCUUCAUUUGAAGAACCAAACGAAUUCGAAUAAACCUUUGGAUGUUGUAGGAUUCAGCUUCGUUGUUGGGCUCACCAAAGACGAUGUAAUCCAGCAAAAAUUGAUGGAAGAACACGAACGACAUCGCGAUAUGCUGCAGGUAAACAUGUACGAUAAAUACAGGAAUUUAUCGUUGAAGGUGACAGGUCUGCUGAAUUGGGUGCAUCGUUAUUGCCCACAAGUGGAUUUCGUCUUGAAAGUGGACGACGACGUCUACGUGAAUGUGCAUAAUUUGGCCACCGUCCUUCACUCACAUCCGCCUUCCGAGCGCAGUGUUUACGGACGCAAGUGCGGCGGAGGCACAGUCAGUGAAAGAACACCUCGCAACGACAGCAAAUGGGUUAUUUUUUACGAAAAUUGGCCAUGGCGUGACAUACCGCAUUAUUACCAAGGAGCUGGGAUCGUAAUGGCUGGCAGUGCUGUCCGUCCAUUGCUGGCGGCCAUCCAGACAACCCCGUAUUUCAUUUGGGACGACAUGUACCUGAUCGGACUAUGCGCCGUUAAAGCCAGGCUUCGUAUCCGUACGUCACAAAGCAUCUUUGUCGAUUGGCCGGAGAACUACGCCGAUCCGUGUUUGGUGCGCAACACUGUGACGUGGACAUUGAAGUCUUCAGAACAAAUGGAUGCACCGCACUUUGUCACUCACAAUUUGUAUCGCAAUUCGAACGUGUCGCGUUGCAUCGCCCGCACUUUCGACUUGGGUCCAAACCAGACUUUGGUCAACCAAUUAGAAAGUACCAUUAAUGAAACCGCCAUCGCAUUCGAGUUUCCUUUCGGUUUCAUGGAGCAAAUUUUAACGUACCACUCAUUCAAUCCGAUAUUUGCAAGCGAUAAAAGCAGGACCAUUGUUCUUCUUCAUUCUUCUGCUUCGCAAGGAAUGCGAAUGGCUGAUUCAAUUGAGGAAAACUCGAAUAAAAGUGCAAUCACUAUCGACCGAAAAUUGUUUGAUUACCUUAAAUCUCAUUUGUCAGGGACAGCGUACGAUGGUGUUGACAAUUACAUACGACUCAUGACAGUUGGUUUAGGACUCAAAGAGCUUACGAACGUCAAACCGCUUAUGCCCAAUAUGGGGCCGGUUAUAAACGACGUCACUUCGUUCGAGUAUCCCAUAACAGUCGCUACGUGCGGCCAGAAAAUGAAAACUACUCGCAGUGUCUUUGUAUCAAUCAUGUCAUCCCCGAAUCAUUUUGAAAAACGUUCCACCAUUCGUCAGACGUGGGCGAAUCACUUGAAAAAUCAAUCGAAGGUCAACAAACAGUUGGACGUCAUGGGGUUUACGUUCGUCGUUGGACUUACAAAGGAUAAAAUCGUUCAGAAAAAGAUGAUGGAUGAAAGUGAACAGCAUGGCGAUAUGUUGCAGGUGAACGUGUACGAAGAACAAGCAAAUGUGUCCGUAAAAGCAGCUGGACUUUUGAAUUGGGUGAAUAUGAAUUGCCCUCAAACGGACUACCUGUUAAAAGUGGAUGACGACGUCUACGUGAAUGUCCAUAAUUUAGCGACGGUCCUCUACGCCUUUUCGCCGUUCGUUCGAAGCGUUUACGGCCGCCUGGCCGAUGGAGCCAUUCCAAAAUGGAAUAACUCUGAAUGGCCGUGGACUCGCAUGCCGACAUAUUUAGAGGGAGGAGGUGUCGUCAUUGCAGGUAGUGCAGUUCGUUCGUUAUUGGCAGCCAUGCAAACGACCCCUUAUUUCAUCAAGGACGACAUCUACCUCACUGGAUUGUGUGCGGAAAAAGCUCGACUUCAAAUGCGCACAUCGCCACGGAUAUUCGCUGAUCAAUCUGAAAUGUAUCCGAACCCGUGUUUCGUGCGCGGCAACGUGAUGUGGUCAUCAAAGUCAGAAGAUCACGUGCUUACGUCGCACUUUGUCACUGAAAGUUUUUACCGGAACGCCACAAACGCGCGCUGCGUUCUUACAACUUACGUGCUCAAUCCGAACGACACGUUGGGUGUGUUUGUUGACAGGACAAUCAACACGCCCGCAGUAGUGUCAGAAUUUCAUUUCAAACCUGUGAUUCAUAAAAAGUGGGUCUCCAUUUUCACGUCAACCAAGCCAAGCGCACGCAAGACAAUUGCCAACAAGAUGUCACUCAUAUCUUAG